CUAAUUGUUUAAUUCAGCAACUUGCAUAACUUGAUUCAUGCCAAGCUUUUCUCUAAUUUGUGUAUUCUUUAGUGUAUAGUCUUACAUACGCUAUAGAACUCACGGUACUUAUAAUCACUGUUAUAGAGCUGGCUUCACUUUAUUGAUGCUCUGCUCAUAAGAAGGGGCUAUUGAGCUGCUUUUAUAUUUUGAGGGACAAAGAUAAAUAAGCUAUGGCAACUGUGACAGCCCCUUAUGUGGUGUCAAGAACCGGGUGCCUCAACCACCAUGGAAGCGCUAGAACCGAGGCGAAGGCGGGAUCACCACUGGUGAGCCUGAACAGCCAGGGAAUGACCUAUGAUGGGUUGAAAUCCAUGAACAAGCUCAACAUGAAGACCACACAUGCAACAAAUAUCUCUGUCUCCGUGAGGAGCAAGAAGAGUGGCAGUGACAGGAGUGUGGGGAAGAUUGUGUGUGAAACUGGGAUGACCUUUCUCUUUGUGAGUGCUGAGGUUGGACCUUGGAGCAAAACUGGAGGACUUGGUGAUGUUCUUGGUGCGCUUCCCCCAAGAUUGGCUGCAAAUGGGCACCGUGUUAUGACAGUGUCUCCCCGUUAUGACCAAUACAAGGAUGCAUGGGACACUAGUGUUCUGGUGGAGAUCAAAGUUGGUGACAGAGUGGAAACUGUCCGUUACUUCCACUGCUUCAAGCGAGGAGUCGAUCGCGUUUUUGUGGAUCAUCCAGUUUUCCUUGAGAAGGUAUGGGGCAAGACGCAGUCAAAACUAUAUGGUCCUAAGGCCGGAGAAGAUUAUGCAGAUAACCAGUUUAGAUUCAGCUUGUUGUGCCUGGCUGCACUUGAGGCUCCAAGGGUUUUGAACCUAAACAGCAACCCAUAUUUUUCAGGACCAUAUGGCGAAGAUGUAGUCUUUAUCGCCAAUGAUUGGCACACUGCUCUUCUUCCUUGCUACUUGAAAUCAAUGUACAAGUCCAGGGGAAUUUACAUGAAUGCAAAGGUUGCAUUUUGUAUUCAUAACAUAGCCUACCAGGGAAGAUUUGCCUUUGCAGACUUCCCUCUUCUCGGUUUACCUGAUGAAUUCAGGAGCUCCUUUGACUUUAUGGAUGGGUACGAUAAGCCUGUGAAGGGAAGGAAAAUCAAUUGGAUGAAGGCUGGAAUAAUAGAAUCAGACAGGGUUGUAACUGUGAGUCCAUACUAUGCCCAGGAACUUGUUUCUGGAGAGGACAGAGGCGUCGAAUUGGACACCAUAAUUCGUUCAGUUGGCAUCACCGGUAUAAGAAAUGGUAUGGACCAUCGGGAGUGGAGUCCAAAAACCGAUAGAUUUAUUAGCAUACAUUAUGAUGCAACGACUGUCACCGAGGCAAAAUGCCUUCUGAAACAAGCCCUUCAAGCAGAGUGUGGCUUGCCUGUUGACAGCAAUAUAGCUAAGCAAAAUUGCGCUGGAGUGGUGUGUGUUUUUUUUCUUUAGGGAACCGGCAAAAAGUACAUGGAGAAGCAAAUUGAACAGUUGGAGGAACUCUAUCCUGAGAAGGCAAGAGGGAUAGCGAAAUUCAAUACUCCUUUGGCCCACAAGAUCAUCGCUGGGGCGGACUUUAUAGUGAUCCCAAGUAGAUUUGAGCCAUGUGGUCUUGUUCAGUUGCAUGCCAUGCCUUACGGAACGGUUCCGAUAGUUUCCUCAACUGGAGGACUUGUUGACACCGUGAUAGAAGGAUAUACUGGAUUCCAUGCUGGAGCAUUCAGUGUUGAGUGUGAUGCUGUUGACCCAGCUGAUGUGGAAAAGUUAACUUCUACCGUCAUUAGAGCCCUUACAACCUUCGGUACCCCGGUCUGGAAAGAGAUAGUCCAGAACUGCAUGGCCCAAGACUUCUCAUGGAAGGAACCAGCAAAACUAUGGGAAAAGAUGCUGUUGAGCCUUGGCGUUGCUGGCAGUGAACCUGGAAUUGAAGGAGAGGAGAUUGCUCCUCUCGCAAAGGAAAACCUACCCACCCCUUGAACACCGUCCCUAAUAGAUAGAUAAUAAAUAUAUUUCCUUAGUUCACAAAGUAAUGGCCAUGGCCAAGAAAUUUAUGUAAUGCUUGGCCUGCAUUAUGGUUUAAUUUGUAGGUAUAGCCAUCAGCUCAUAAAAUUAUCAACUGGGUUCCAAGGGAUCCGGUAGUUUUAUAUUGGAACUUGAGUGUAAAGUUCUUUUUGCAAGCAAUUUAUAAAACUAAGUAACUAACAUAAACUUCAUCUCGAAAAAUAAAAAGGGUUAAAACAAAAAGACACUAACUUAUAUCCAACAUGAGCAACAGAGUAAGGUGUGUAAACUCUAUCAAUUAAACUUGAAGCACCUGACUCUUGGGUAAUGAUGUACUCUAUUAGUGUAUAAACUAUUAGUAGAUAGGCUUCAUAGAGAAGCAUGCCAUAUCUGUUUUCUUA